GCGGAGCCGCCGCUCCUCUUCCGGCAGCGAUGGCGGCGGCGGGGCUGGCGGGGCUGGGCCCCGGCGAGGCCGCGGCGGCCGCUCAGGCGCUGGCGCUGCCCGCGGAGUCCUUCGGCAACGACCCCCGCGUGGAGCUGGCCUGGGCCAUGAAGGCUCAUCAGCACGCCCAGGUCUACUUCAACCUCAUCUCCUCCGUGGACCCCAAAUUCCUGAGCCUCACCAAGGUGGACGACCGGAUCUACGAGGAAUUCCGCAAAACCUUCCGGGACCUGCGCGUCGAUGUCCUGGACCCCGAGGAGCUGAAAUCGGAGCCGGCCAAGGCGAAGUGGCGCCCGUUCUGCCUCCGUUUCGAGGGCGUGGUGGAGGAUUUCAACUACGGGACGCUGCUCCGGCUGGAUUCCCGGCGGGAAUACACGGAGGAAAACACCAUCUUCGCCACCAGAAUCCAGUUUUUCGCCAUCGAGAUCGCCCGGAACAGGGAAGGCUGGAAUGACGAGGUUUACAGCAGCGCCAGGGAGCCGGCGGCUUCGGAGGGAAAAUCGGGAUGAGGAUUGGGAAGCUGGGCCGGGAUGAGGCGGGCAGGAGCCCCCAGGCUCGAUUCGAGGGGAGCAGGAGCCCCCAGCCCCGCUCCGGGAUCGUUCCCAGGCUGGGAAGGCUCUGGAAGGACGGAGGGGCUGGAGCUGCUCCCGCUCCUCCAGCUCCGACUGUAAAUAAAUGUUUGGAAAUCCCAA